AUGGACGUAUUCUCUGAAGUUGGCGCGCCUGCGGUGGCCAUGGCAUCCGCCUUGACGGUGGCCGCUGGUGCAUAUCUGAAUGCAAAGCUUGCUAUUUCCACCGAUUUGCGAACAAUCGCCGGUGAUAAAGCUGCUUUGAAACGGUUAAACGAUCGUAUCGCAGCGCUUGAUGACUCACCAACCAUAUACAAGAUACUCGAACGGGCGGUGGAGCUUGAGGGACGAGGUACCACUGAUGCGCUCUGGUUUGAGCAUAAGACAUGGUCAUACAGCCAAAUAAAAGACUUGGCCGACAGAAUGGCCGCUCUUUUGAAGAGCCGUGAUAUCAACACCGGGGAUACAGUGGCUAUUUUUACCAGUAACUCUCCAGAAAUGGUCGUGACUCUGUAUGCUUUGUCAAAAUUGGGCGCAGUCGCAGCAAUGAUCAACACCAGCUUGCGAGACGAUACUUUCAUUCAUUGUGUCAACGUCUCCAGCUCCAAAUUGAUUGUCUCAACCGCAGAUCUGUCUGAGCACAUCUGCGUUGACCUACCACACUUCACAUACAACAUGGGGUCAUUCGAAGGUACCGAGACAGGCUCAACCGAGCUCGUCACCUCAGAAACUCUCCAGCAAUUCUCUCCGUCCGGAAUGGCAGCAGCCAAGUGCACCACAAAGGAUAUCUGCGCCCUGAUAUAUACCUCGGGAACAACGGGAAAACCCAAAGCCUGCGGUAUCCGCAACAUGCUCGCGAUGAUCACCUCCACCCCACUCUCAGUAGAUGCCAACAACCCCGACAAAUACCACCCAUUCCGCGUAUACUCCCCUCUACCCCUCUUCCAUGGAACAGCCUUCUUCAUUGGCCUAUGCACAGCCAUUGGCAACGGAGGAACCUUAUGUCUCGGACGAAAAUUCUCCGCCUCCCGCUUCUGGAAAGAGGUGCACGACUCAGGCGCAACACGCAUCCUGUACAUCGGCGAGUUAUGUCGGUACCUUCUCGCAGCGCCGCCGUCGCCUUAUGACCAGGACCACAAGUGCAUUGUGGCAAGCGGUAACGGGCUGCGCGGAGAGAUCUGGGAGAAGUUCCGUAACCGUUUCAACGUUCCCGAGAUCCGGGAGUUCUACCGCUCAACCGAGGGAAUUGCCAAAUUCGAUAAUCACGGUGUUGGAGCUUGGGGCGCUGGCAAGAUCGGGUUUUCUGGACCUAUCCGCCGGUUUGUGGAAGAUGUCACUUUCAUCGUUAAGUAUGAUACCGAUACCGAGAUGCCUUACCGAGAUCCUGUCACUGGGUUCUGUGUCAAAGCUGCGCUUGGAGAGGAGGGUGAGGCAAUUGGCCGUGUCCGAGACCGUGGUCUGCUGAUUGAGUAUCUGGGUAAUGAGGCAGCAACGGAGGAGAAGCUUCUGCGGGAUGUGUUUCAAAAGGGAGACUUGUUCCAGCGGACUGGAGACUUGGUUGUUCAAGAUGACUCUGGGUGGGUGAGGUUCCAAGAUCGAGUUGGUGACACUUUCCGCUGGAAGGGUGAGAACGUUAGCGCAGGUGAGAUCCGGGACCAUAUUUGCCGGAUUGAGGGUGUGCAUGACGCUGUGGUAUAUGGUGUGAAGCUUAGUGGAUACGAUGGUCAGGCUGGAGCUGCUGGUAUUACGCUGGAAUCACCAUCAGUUGAGACAGAAUUGAUGUCGAAUCUGUACAAAGAGCUCAAAAAGAAGGGUGUUCCUUCAUAUGCUCUGCCUCGCUUGGUCCGACUUACUGAGAAGUCAGCAUUCCCUUCACGGCAAUGA